GACGGACGUCCGGUGCAAAAACCUGGAACCACUAGUAUUUUCUCUAACUAUUCUCUUCCCAGCUUCAUUUUCUCUUUCUUUGCGGCUGAAUUAGUGACUGCUGGAAGCUGUUACUGUUUCGGCAGUAUGAAGCCGAUUAGAAUCUUCGAUACUGGAUUGUCGAAGCUCAAAGGCGUCAAAACCACCAUAGUUGUCGCCACUCAGAACUCGCCGGAUUCUCGUCGCUGUUUCUCUUCCGCAGCGGAUAUCGAGUCACGAAGUACACCAGCAGAACCCCCUUGUGCGGGGAAGGAGGGUGAGAUCCUCAACUUAAUUCAAUCUUCACAGUGGCAUUCCGUCAAACACCUGGCUCCCGACUUGACAAUUUCUGUUAUUUCUUCCACUCUCCUUGCUCUUCAGAAAGCUCCUGAUUCUGCUCUCCGAUUCGUUACUUCAAUUGGGUUUGAAUCUCUUGAUUUGAAAACCAAAUGCUUAGCUGUUGCAGUGGUCUCUAGGUCCCCCUCCCCAAAACCCACGUUGCAAUUGCUAAAACAAACAAUUAGAAGUGGAGUGGAUGGCGCGGGUGAAGCUUUCGUCGAGUUGGUGCUUGCACGGGAUAAGUUGCGCAACGGAAGUACUUUACUUUUCGACUUAUUGAUCAGAGCUUGUUGCGAAUUGAAGAAGGGUGAUGAUGCUUUUGAGUGUUUUGAUAAGAUGAAGGAAAAUGGUGUCAUUCCCACGGUCGAGACGUGUAACGCAAUGCUGAGUCUGUUUCUGAGGUUGAAUCGGACAGACAAGGCAUGGGUUUUAUAUGCAGAGAUGUUUAGGUUGAAGAUCAAAUCCAGUGUGUACACAUUUAACAUUAUGAUUAAUGUGUUGUGCAAGGAAGGGAAACUGAAGCAGGCAAAGGAGUUCAUUCCUUUCAUGGAGAGUUUGGGAAUCAGGCCGACCGCUGUUACGUACAACACAUUAAUUCAUGGGUACUGCACAAGGGGGAGAUUUGAAGCCGCUCUUUUGGUUGUGGAUCUAAUGAAACGCAAAGGGGUUGAACCUGAUCCAUACACCUAUGGUUCACUUAUUACUGGGAUGUGCAAGGAAGGGAAACUUGAAGGUGCUUCCCAAUUGCUUGAGAAAAUGAAAGAAACUGGGUUGCUUCCAAAUGCUGUGACAUACAAUAUCUUGAUUGAUGGGUAUUGCAAUAAAGGCAACUUGGAGAUGGCUUUUCGCUACAAGGAUGAGAUGAUUGGGAAAGGUAUUUUGCCAACUGUGUCCACUUACAAUCUGCUCAUUCAUGCUCUACUUAUUGAAGCCCAAAUGGAUGAAGCUGAUAAGAUGGUAAAGGAAAUGAGAGAUAGUGGUAUUGUUCCUGAUUCUAUUACCUAUAACAUCUUAAUCAAUGGGUAUUCAAGAUGCAUGAAUGUUAAAAAGGCAUUCAACCUGCAUGAUGAAAUGCUGAGCGCAGGAAUUCAGCCAACACGAGUAACUUAUACGUCUCUCAUUUACGUUCUGAGUAAGCGGAAGAGGAUGGAGGAGGCUGACAAGUUGUUCGAAGAGAUUGUGAAGAAGGGCAUUCUGCCUGACCGUAUAAUGUUCAAUGCACUGAUUGAUGGUCACUGUGCAAAUGGGAAUAUGGAACGUGGAUUUGCAUUGUUGAAAGAGAUGGACAGAAUGAAUUGUUUGCCUGACGAAGUGACUUACAAUACCCUUAUGCAGGGCCGUUGCAGGGAGGGCAAAGUUGAAGAGGCUCGUGUUCUUAUCGAUGAGAUGAAGAGUAGAGGUAUUAAACCUGACCACAUAAGUUACAACACUCUAAUUAGUGGUUAUAGUAAGAGAGGUGAUAUUAAGGAUGCAUUUAGAGUUCGGGAUGAGAUGUUGAGUAUAGGAUUCAACCCUACACGCCUCACUUAUAAUGCACUGAUUCAAGGUUUGUGCAAAAACCAAGAAGGGGAUCUUGCUGAAGAGCUCCUUAGAGAAAUGGUUAGCAGAGGCAUUGCACCUGAUGAUAGCACGUACUUUUCUUUGAUUGAAGGGAUUGGGAGUGUUGAUGAGUUCUUGAGCAGUAAGACUUCAUGAUACGUUUCAUGACCGGAAAACGGUACACUGUAUCACACUUGUUUUUAACUAGUUCUCAGUGCUCCAAGCCGGGGGAAACGCAGAUAGUAGCAGGGGGAAUCAACAGAAUAUAAGGUUUCUGUCGAUAGUCUUGUAUUCCUCAAAGUUCCUUGGAUGCCGUCUUGCAUAGCAGUCCACAUAGCUUUGCACAUGCUGGAUAGCGCUCAGUCUUCUACAAGGUAUUUGAUAUGAUGAAAAGAGCCGAAAUGCUAUUCUACCGUAUGCACAAUUUCAUAUUUGGCUCAAUAAUGCAUGAGAUGCGUGAGAAACUUGAGAAAGGAACCCUUAUAAUGCUUUUAGUUUCACAAAUUCGUAAUUUUAUGUGUUCAGGGUUCUUUCUCCUUUUUCUCUGUUUCAUUACCUUUAGCAUCCAGGAGUGGAUCUUGACUCAAACACCAAAUCCAUCUUUUCUCUAUAAGCCACAACUCUUUGGUAAUUGGUAUAUACCGGGAAUCUUAACCUCUUGGUGGUAAUUGCAUGAUUGUUCAAUUGAGAUUUCUGCAGGCAGCAUAUAAUUGGACAAAGCCAGACACAUCAUUAACCACUUAUACACUUGAGGGUUUUACUUGGCCUCAAAGCCACAUGAAGAGCCGUGCACGUUUUUAUUUCAAAGCAUUAACCUGCAUACUCAUAUUGCAUUGAUAAGGGGCAAUGAACUCUUUCUUUGAGAGGGGAUCAUUGCUGCUUUUUCUGCUUUGUGCAUAAAAGCUUUAGCAGAUAGGGUACACUAUCUCACUUUUUCCCCAUAAAUCAUUGACCUAUUGGAAUGGAUUUCUUGGUAAAUAUAUCCUUAGAAAUGGUACAUACUUUCUGGUUCUUACUCACAAUGGUAAAUGCUUUCUGAUUUGUCAUUGUCGCACACAAUGUCCCUUUAUUACAGUAUGAGUUGGUGGAGAACACAUGCAUUUUGCACUAAAUCUGUCCUUUUCAUUCACUCACUUGCUGGUAUAUUUAUAGGUAAUUGAUUCCUGAUAUGCUACAACUGAAGCUUCCAUGGGGAAUUUUAUAGCUCAUAUCGUGCCUGGUUUGGCUUUAACUCUUCUUGGCUUAUGGCACAUCAUCAACACUACCAGGUCGUACUGCAACAACAAAACCUCCACAAGCUUCAUGGUCAAGUUUUGGCACCCUUUUAAUUGUCUUUUUUCCAGGCUCAAACACUUGGAGCCUAUCCUCAUUCUGUCCUUCUCCAUACUCUCAGUUUUGAACCAAAUUUUCAACUUCCCUCUUUUCCGCUUCUCCUUCGAGCUUGUAAACUUGGAACAUGCAACCAUGUUCCUUCAUCUUGCCAUCUUUGCAGGUUUCACCCUUUGCACAGAGAUAACUGAAUCAUCUCACAUCCUGUCUAGUGUGACUGGGAUACUUGCUACUUCCCUCUUUACCCAAGAGCUUUUCCUCCUUCAUUUCCACUCAGCUGACCAUGUAGGUCUAGAGGGCCAUUACCACUGGCUCCUUCAGCUUAUAAUAUUCGUCUCUCUUCUAUCAGCCUUAGCUUCCACUUUUUUCCCAACCAGCUUCCCAGCAGCCCUUGUUCUUUCGGUUUCAGUAGUAUUCCAGGGAUGUUGGUUCAUGAACAUGGGUUGUAUGCUGUGGCUUCCUCAGUUUGUUCCCCAGGGAUGCUUUAUGAAUAUGAUGCAGUCAGGUGGGAACAGCGGUUCUGUAAUUCAUGGAGCAGUCACCUGUGAAUCUUCUUACGCAGAUCAUAGGGCGAGAGCUCUUGCAAACUUGCAGUUCAGCUGGAUACUUGGUGGAAUCAUGUUGGUUACUGGUUGUCUUUGCCUGAAAUCAGUAGGGAAAUCCAGCCAGAGACUGCAGCAAUAUGAGCAGCUUAACACCAGCAGAGGUGGUGAUAGUCCUUCUCUCACCAUUAUCGAGGGCUUUAAGUAAGUCCAUCAAAAGACUGCAUCGUCGAAGCACUAGCUACUCGUAAUCUAGUUAAGAUGGUGAUUAUGAUUGUCAACAGUGUAGAAUGAAUAACUAAGGAUGCAUAUGUAUUGAACAUGUCUUUCAAUGCAAAAAAUGAAUGUCCAGGACUGAUAGUCUGAUACUGUUGGUAUAAAGAUAAAGCUGUCUUAUCGUACAGAAAGUAAAAAGGCCAGUUUAUUUUUGUUUUUUUUAAUGUGUUUGACGGAAGAGGAGAGGAAAGGGUUGCUUUUGCUAGUGCUUUUCCCACUCGUUCUCAAACUCAAUUUGUCUUUGCGUUUAUGGUCAAGAAAGGAACGACCGAACGAUGAGACCAUUUUGGUCGAUGCAAAAUUGUUCUUUAAUACGAACUAGGGCUUGGUCUAAUGGUAAUAUCACUAGUCUAAAUUUGGAGUUUUCAGGUUCUAAUUCUUUAAGUAGUAUCUUAAUAACCACAAAAUGAAAUCUAUAUCACCCUUAUCUAAAAAAAUUGGUCUUUAAUG